CGUUUGGGGCGCCGCGGCGGGCGGUGCGCGCGGGGCGCGGUGUGUGCGCGCUCCCCCGCCCGGGGAGGAAGAUGGGCCGGGAGGGAAAGUUGGGGUGACGCGCGCGCAGCCCCCGGACGCUCGGCGGGGGGCGCCGUGGCGAGCCCGACGGAGCGGCGGCGAGCCAGGCCGGGGGGCGCGCAGUCCGGGGGCCGCCCCCUCCCUGCAGGUGGCCGCGGGCGCACGGGGUCCGGGCGGCCCGGGGCGCGGGCGGGCGCGCGGGGGAGCCCGGCCGAGGCAUGGGCUGCGCCCCCAGCAUCCACGUCUCGCAGAGCGGCGUGAUCUACUGCCGUGACUCGGACGGGUCCAACUCGCCCCGCCAGUCCAGCAGCGUGUCGCAGGGCCCCGCCGGCCCCCUGCACGGCCUCUUCGUCCCGACCGACGCCGCCGACGCCGCCGCGCCUGGACCCCCGGGCGCCGCCCGCGUCCGCCGGGCCCGCGGCGAGCUGGGCAGCGGCAGCAGCUCGGGCUCCGGGGCCCCCGCGGCGACCACCUGCCGGGGCCGGCGGCGCCACUGCUGCAGCAGCGCUGAGGCCGAGACCCAGACCAGCUACACCAGCGUCAAGCAGGUUUCUUCUUCGGAGGUGCGCAUUGGGCCCAUGAGACUGACGCAGGAUCCAAUUCAGGUUUUGCUGAUCUUUGCCAAGGAAGAUAGUCAGAGUGACGGAUUCUGGUGGGCCUGUGACAGAGCUGGUUAUAGAUGCAAUAUUGCUCGGACGCCAGAGUCAGCCCUGGAGUGCUUUCUCGAUAAACACCAUGAAAUUAUUGUCAUCGAUCACAGACAAACUCGUAACUUCGAUGCGGAAGCAGUGUGCAGGUCGAUCCGGGCCACGAAUCCCUCUGAGCACACGGUGAUCCUUGCAGUGGUUUCACAAGCAUCGGGUGACCAUGAAGAGGCCUCCGUUCUUCCUCUGCUGCACGCGGGCUUCAACAGGAGAUUUAUGGAGAAUAGCAGCAUAAUUGCUUGCUAUAAUGAACUGAUUCAAAUAGAACAUGGGGAAGUUCGCUCACAGUUCAAAUUACGGGCCUGUAAUUCAGUGUUUACAGCAUUAGACCAUUGUCAUGAAGCCAUAGAAAUUACAAGUGAUGACCACGUGAUUCAGUAUGUCAACCCGGCCUUCGAGAGAAUGAUGGGCUACCACAAAGGCGAGCUCCUGGGGAAAGAACUGGCUGAGCUUCCCAAGAGCGACAAGAACCGAGCAGACCUCCUCGACACCAUCAACACGUGCAUCAAGAAGGGCAAGGAGUGGCAGGGGGUUUACUAUGCCAGACGGAAGUCCGGGGACAGCAUCCAGCAGCACGUGAAGAUCACCCCAGUGAUUGGCCAAGGAGGGAAAAUUAGGCAUUUUGUCUCCCUCAAGAAACUGUGUUGUACCACUGACAGUAAUAAGCAGAUUCACAAGGUCCAUCGGGACUCAGGAGACAACUCCCAGACAGAGUCUCACUCAUUCCGACACAAGAACAGGAGGAAAGAAUCCAUUGAUGUGAAGUCUAUAUCCUCUCGAGGCAGUGAUGCACCCAGCCUGCAGAAUCGGCGCUACCCUUCCAUGGCCAGGAUCCACUCCAUGACCAUCGAGGCUCCCAUCACGAAGGUUAUAAAUAUAAUCAAUGCCGCCCAAGAGAACAGCCCUGUCACUGUAGCAGAGGCCCUGGACAGAGUUUUAGAAAUUUUACGGACCACCGAACUGUACUCCCCUCAGCUGGGUACCAAAGAUGAAGACCCCCACACCAGUGACCUGGUGGGAGGCCUCAUGACGGAUGGCUUGAGGAGGCUGUCAGGGAACGAGUAUGUGUUCACUAAGAAUGUGCACCAGAGCCACAGUCACCUGGCGAUGCCGCUGACCAUCAACGACGUGCCCCCCAGUAUUGCCCAGCUCCUCGAUAACGAGGAAAGCUGGGAGUUCAACAUCUUCGAGUUGGAAGCUGUCACACAUAAAAGACCAUUGGUUUACCUGGGCUUAAAGGUCUUUUCCCGGUUUGGGGUGUGUGAAUUUUUACACUGUACCGAAACUACUCUCCGAGCCUGGCUCCAAGUGAUUGAAGCCAACUACCAUUCCUCCAAUGCGUACCAUAACUCUACCCAUGCCGCUGACGUCCUGCAUGCCACAGCCUUCUUCCUUGGAAAGGAAAGAGUGAAGGGAAGCCUUGAUCAACUGGACGAGGUGGCGGCUCUGAUCGCAGCCACGGUGCACGAUGUCGACCACCCAGGACGGACCAACUCAUUCCUGUGCAACGCAGGCAGCGAGCUGGCUGUGCUCUACAACGACACGGCCGUGCUGGAGAGCCACCACACCGCGCUGGCCUUCCAGCUGACCGUCAAGGACGCCAAGUGCAACAUUUUCAAAAACAUGGACAGGAACCAUUAUCGGACAUUACGCCAAGCUAUUAUCGACAUGGUGUUAGCCACGGAGAUGACAAAGCACUUUGAACAUGUGAACAAAUUUGUGAACAGCAUCAACAAGCCCCUGGCCGCUGAGAUUGAGGGCAGCGACUGUGAAUGCAACCUCGUUGGGAAGAACUUUCCCGAAAACCAAAUGCUGAUCAAACGCAUGAUGAUUAAAUGUGCUGAUGUUGCCAACCCCUGCCGCCCGUUGGACUUAUGCAUCGAGUGGGCUGGGAGGAUCUCCGAGGAGUAUUUCGCUCAGACCGACGAAGAGAAGAGACAGGGGCUUCCUGUGGUGAUGCCAGUGUUUGACCGGAAUACCUGUAGCAUCCCCAAGUCCCAGAUCUCCUUUAUCGACUACUUCAUAACCGACAUGUUCGAUGCCUGGGAUGCCUUUGCACACUUGCCUGCUCUGAUGCAACAUUUGGCUGAUAAUUACAAACACUGGAAGACGUUGGAUGACCUGAAGUGCAAGAGUCUGAGGCUUCCAUCUGACAACUGAUGCCAAAGCAGAAAAGGGGACCUCUUGAUCUACAAAGGGCACUGAGAAUCAUAGUAGGAACAAGAGGAUUUCCAUUAGAAUGAAAAUGACAGUAUAGGUUAGGAAAUUAAUGUCUAUUAUUUGACCUUAGUCAUUCAAGUUCCCAAAUUUCAUUUUUAGAAAGUGAUGUUCCAUAAAGAAAAAUAGAUCAUUUUGAACACUCAGUGACAGAACAAACACACAGCAAACUCCUGUGCUCUGCUGUUAUUUUUGUGUGCUCUCAUCCAUCUUUGGGGUAGGUUUACCAUAACAGGACACAAGCAACAAAAACUUGGUGAUCUGAGCCCAUCUCUGGAUGAUUACCAAAUAGCUUAGCUAGUGUACAGCUCACCUCCUACUGUACAAGUCACCAUCACUCUAUAGCUUAACUAAAUUCCGUAAGUAUGAAGGAUUCAAAAGAAUAGCAAAAAUUAAAAACUACACAAAAUGAACAAAACCAGGACCAAAUUACUGAUAAAUUAGCAUCAGAGCCUCCAUGGCUAGUAGUUAUUUUGGUUGAUGGUGUGACACCCAAGCUAAUCAGCCUUGACCCCAUGAGUGCCCUCUUUACACUGGAGUAGGCAGCCUGCAGAGGUGGGAUUCUUUCCUUCGGAAAGCCAUCAUGAUGGGGAAGUGACAUUUUGUUUGGGAGGAGCCCAGGAGAUUCCCUUAUUUAUGGUUUAAAGGCUGUCAGACACUGUAGUAUUAUAUUAAAGCCAUUAAAUCUGAAUGCCCUUGGAAAAGCUUUUUUAAAAAAUUUAUAUACAUUUGCGGUUUAAAAUUUUUAUUAAUGCAAUCUAAAUUUUCUGGGUAUAAGUCCAUAAAGUAUGCUGUGCCAUAUAUCAUCUGUAUGUAUUAUUUGGGGCAGGGGAUAAGGGAAGGUUCAGAUGUUUUUACCUAUCUAUAUUUGAGAUCAUGUCAAUUUCCUUUAAUGAUGUAAAAAAAAAACCAUAGAAGAUGUGUAAAUAUAUGAGAAAACAGGUAUAUGGAAAAGUAGUAAAUACUAUUUUAAGCUAUUGUAUGCUAAAAGCUUCUAAAGCACAAGUGCAUAUUUUUAUACAGCUCUUUUCACAACUUUCUGUGAUCUACAUAAAGUCAAAUUUGAGAUUUUACUUUCUCUUGGAACAACCAGCUCUUCUCCAUGUAUUAGAAACUCAGUAAACAGUAUGUUUGGUUUAUUUUUUUUUUAAUUCUCUGUAUACCAUAUUGCAUUUUGAGGAGGUAUAGAGACAAUUGAAUAGUUUCUUUAUUCAGAAAAAAAAAAUGGAAUGCAGAACACUAGAUUUAAUACAUGGAAGAAAAAAAUAAUAACUAUCACUACAUAAUGUGCCAAUGUUUUUUUCUAUGUUUUGUACCAAAAAAAAAAGAAGAAACAUGAUAAUUCCAUGCAAAGAAAUGUAUUUAAAUUAUUUUUGUUAGAUGAUGAGAACGUGCUUGGUCAGGCAGCAGUGAGCUUUGUAUUGCAUUGUUGCAUUAUAUAAAUGUGAUGAAAAUGUUUUUGUGAUGUACUUGUAACUAAAUUCCUACAGCCAUUUUUCAUUCCCAACAGCUGUUUUUAUUUUACCUCUUUGGCCUAAAUUUUUCAUAAUUUCAAAGUUUUGGUUUAGUGUCCUUUAUUUCAUGAGUCACACUUUUUCUCAGAACACAUUAAAAUCAGAAUGCCAUAAUUCCAUCGUAAGGAUCUCAAUUUUCCUAGGUUUCAGAAGUUUGCUUGAAGCAAGAAUAGUCUUUCACUGUGUCACUUUCAGUUCCAUUUGGUAAGUAACAUUUAUUAAAUGUCUGACAUUCUUCUCAUGACCUCUUAAAGCUACAUGCAAUUAAUUUCAUUUUCAUGUAUGUGUUGAAUUAUUUAAUACGAACAGGUACUGAAGUUUUAGUACAGCUCUGCUCUGUAUCAUGUACCCCGCUGUGGCAAAAUCUGUUGAGUUACUAACUACAAAUGCAGUCCUCCACAUAAUUAGUUUCUUAGAAAUUACCCUUAUGGUAUGUAUGUAUCAUAUGGCAUCAACUGUAAUUACCUUUUACAUGGAAAUGUUUACUAACACAUUCUGUUUUGAGGGAGCCUUCUGAUUUAGGAAAAUACGACACUAAUACAGAGGGAAGUUGCAUUUACCCUGAAGAGGUUAGCAUAAACAUUAUUAUCUGAACCAGAAAUGAUUCUCGAAGUUUUCAAUGUACUUACCUGUGGAGUUCUAUACCACUGAGUCUACAAGCCACAGUUUCAUUGAAUUUCCCUUGCAUUGAUGUUGUGAUGACCAGGAUUGCGUAUCUUUUUGUGGUUUUUGACCCUGCACCAAGGGGGCACACCUUGAGUUGCAGUGCUUGUAUCCAAACCUGACUGGCUUUAAACUGCUUGUGGUGGUGCCAGGACUACUUUGUGCACAUGCAGGAGGCACAGGGAUAGGAACUGCAACCUCAUCCUUGCAAGGCAGCAGAUUUAGUCACUGGGACCUCUCAUGGCUUCCCACCAGUUUGUUUGUGCUCAGGGCUUACUUCUGGCUCUGUACUGAGGAAUCAUUCUUGAUGGGUCCGGGGAACCAUAUGGAGUGCCAGGGAUGGAACCCAGGUUGGCCAUGUACCAGGCAAAUACCCUACCUGCCUACUACAGCUCCGGCCCCACCACCACAGCAUCUUUACCUAGUCCUCUGAAGAACAGUUUGGCUUCAAGUCUGAAACCUUGGUUUGGUCUGAAGAACCAUGUUUUGGUUAUUGUGAGUAAUGAUGUCAUGAAGAUAAGGCUUCAAAUAUUCUUUUAUUAGUGUGUUCAUAUCCUUUGAAUAAAUGCCUUGGCAUAGUAUUGCUGGAUCCCAUGGGCAAGGAAUUAUCUUUUUACAAGAAAUAUUGAUACUACCCAUAAAGGCUACACCAUUUUACGUUCCCACCAACUACUAGAGUUUCUUUCGAUCCAUAUCCUUCCCAGCACACCUUUGUGUCUGGUCUCUGAAAUAAGCUAUUCUCACUGCACAAUGUUCUCACCUGUGGAGCUGGUUUGCAUUUCCCUGUUACUGAUGUUGAGCUUCAUGUGUCAGUGGGAAGUCUGUGUAAUCUUCUUCAAAAAGUGUCUGUUCAGGUCGUUUAGCUUUUUUUUUUUUAACUGGGUUUCUUUUUUGUUGUGUGAGUUCCUUAUUUGAGAUAUAUAUUCUUCUAUCAUAUGUAAGAUGUGCUGGCAUCUUCUACAAAUUGGUUUUAAUGCAGUUUCUAUGUUUAAUUUGAUGGUGGUCCACUUGUCUAUUGGCUGUUUUUUCUUCUAUGUAUUUUAUGGCUUCAGGUCCAACAGCCAAGUUUUCGAUCCAUUUGUUCUGCAUUUGGCUAUUCAGUUUGGUGCUGGCUUGUUUGUCCUAGGUUAGAGGCCCAUAUAAAAUAGAUGUGUGGAUCUAUUUUCAAGUGCUCUAGUACCUAAAUCAUGAACCCAGAUAGGGUUGCAAAAACUUUGUUUUAAAAUAAAUUUAUGGCUUAUCAGUAAAUUUUUGAUUUCUAUGCACACUUUAUGGGCUGGAGCACAACAGUAGGGCGUUCGCCUUUCAUGCAGCCGACCUCUGUUUGAUUCCUCUGCCCCUCUUGGAGAGCCCGGCAAGCUACCCAUGGUGUAUUGGAUAUGUCAAAAACAGUUAACAAUAAGUCUCAAAGUGAGAGACGUUACUGGUGCCCGCUCAAACAAAUCGAUGACAGUGACACACUUUAUAUACUUUGUUUAAACUUUUUCUACUGUGACCCAAUCUUUUUUUUAUUUCAUUUUCCUGUUCUAUGUGCCUGUUCCAUUUCAUAUUGUUUUAAUUAAAUGAUGCUUUUUAGUAUAGUUUGAAGGCAGGGAAAUAUAAAUGCCUCUUUUUCUCAUAAUGGCUAUUCAGGCUCCUUUGUGGUUCCAUACAAAUUUCAGAAUUGUUCUGUUUUCUUGAAUAAUGCCAUUAUAUUCUGUUAGGGAUUGUAUCUAUACUGCUGUUUUCAUUGUGAAUUAAAAUUGUGGCACAAUUUGG